AUGGAAGAAGGGCCUAUUAAUUAUGUGGAAGAAAGGCGGCUGAACGAGGGCAGCGGGCUCAGCCUGGUGAAUGGGGGCCGGCCGGAGGCGGGGGGUACCGCGCUGAUGGAGCCCAGCGGGUGGUCGCCGGGCCAGCCGCCCGCCGCUGGCAAAGCCCACUUGGAAGACGUCCGGAACCUGGUGGCCUUCUCGGCGGUGGCCGAAGCCGUUUCCUCCUACCGGCUCCCACCGCCAGGGUCGCCGUCUCUGCUGUACGAGAAGUUUGACUCAGAGAUGAGCCGGGGCAGGCUGGGCUCGGCAGACGGGGUGCCACGGGGAGAGGACCUGCACGCCCUCAAGGCCGCCCUGGCUUUGGCCAAGCACGGUGUGAAGCCCCCCAACUGCAACUGCGACGGCCCCGAGUGCCCCGACUACCUGGAAUGGCUGGAGCAGAAGAUCAAGACGGCUCUCGGAGAAGAGCUGGCGUCACCGCGGCCCCGCGCUGCCGCCGUCCCCCCGCCUCCUCCCCCAGAAGGUGCUAUUGACCCCCAGCCGGUGCCUGAGGCUGCCGAGCCGUGCCCGCCCGAUGGCCUCCCCUUUUCCCAGAGCGCGUUGACCAUCGCCAAGGAGAAGAACAUCAGCCUGCAGACCGCCAUAGCCAUCGAAGCCCUCACGCAGCUCUCAGCCGCUCUGCCCCAGCCCGCGGGCGAUGGGCAGCCGCCGCCGCCGCCCCCCUCCGUCCCUUUCGGCUCCGGCCCCCUCGGCCCAUCGGGGGCCGCGUGGCAGAGAGGGGAUGAGCCCCGUUACCCGCCGGAGCCGGGAGCAGCACCUGAGCCAUUUUUCGGCGCGGCACCCCCGCGGGGGAACUUCACGGCUGCCUGGGGGCUGGAGGCCGAGGGGGCAGCGGGGGCUGGAGACCCCAUGGCAGAGCUGGAGCAGCUGUUAGGUAAUGCUGACGACUACAUCAAGGCUGCUUUCAAGAGACCCGAAGCGACGGCUGGCAAAGUGACGGCCCCCAAAACAGAACCCCCUGAGCGAGCACCCAGCAAAGAAGCGCCGGGCGGCCCCCGCUUGCCGCCGGCACCGCCGGAGCCUGACCUGCACAAGAAGACGCAGCUGGUUCUGCAGCAGCAUCUCCACCACAAGCGCAGCCUCUUCCUCGAGCAAAGCCUGACAGCGGCGGCGGCACCCCCGGACCGGCCGAGCGGCUGGUGGGCUCCCAGCACCCCGGCCGCGCCCUCCAAGCCCUUCGAAAAGCAGCCCAAAGAGAAGAAGAAGAAAACGCCGCCUGAAAAGCCCCCGCCGGCCAAACCUCUCCGCAAGCAAGUGCAGAUCAAGAAGGCGAAGCAGAAGGACUCGCAGCCGCUCUUCCCACCCCUCUGGCAGAUCAGCCUGGAGGGAUUUCGGACGCCCGCCGAAGCCCUCGCCGAACCCCCCGCCGAAGAGAUGCAAACGGAGCCGCCGCCAGCCUUCCCGCACCAGCCUCUUGCACUACCCCUGCCCGCCGCAUGCCCCCCGCCACCAAACCCCCUGGACGGCGUCCCCCCGGCUUCCGACUCUCAGGAAAGGGGUGCCCCCGGUGGGGGCCCCCAAAUUCACUUGGCGCCGGCGGGCUUGACUGGCUCGGAGGAAGCGCCGGCUGCCGCCCCGCCGGCCACCUCGGCUCCCAUCAUGGUGGACGACAAGCUGGAAGAGCUCAUCCGACAAUUUGAAGCCGAAUUUGGGGAGAAUUUCAACCUGCCGCCCCCCGAGACACCUGCCCCUCUCGCCCCUGGGGCUGCCGAGCUGCCGGGGGGGCCAGCACCAGCCCCGCAAGGGUCCCCCACCGCCGCCGCCGCCGCCGCCGCCCCGGCUCCGAGCAGCGCUCCCCAAGCCAGACCCAAAAGUGUCUCUCCAGGGAAGGGGCCGCUGUCAGAGCCACCCUUCACUGCCCGCUCCCCCAAACAGAUCAAAAUCGAGUCUUCUGGUGCUAUCACCGUGGUGUCUACCACGUGUUUUUACUCUGAGGAAAGCCAAAACCCAGACGUGGACGACGUCGACAGAACACCCACCAAGGACGAGGUGCCGCUGACGCCGACCCUGAGCGGCUUUUUGGAGUCUCCGCUGAAAUACCUGGACACGCCGACCAAAAGCCUCCUGGACACGCCGGCCAAGAGGGCACAGGCGGAAUUCCCCACCUGUGACUGCGUUGAGCAAAUCGUGGAGAAGGAUGAGGGGCCGUAUUACACCCACCUGGGCUCGGGGCCCACCGUGGCCUCCAUCCGGGAGCUCAUGGAGGAGCGGUACGGUGAGAAGGGCAAGGCCAUCCGCAUCGAGAAGGUCAUCUACACGGGCAAGGAGGGCAAGAGCUCCCGCGGCUGCCCCAUCGCCAAGUGGGUGAUCCGCAGACACAACCAAGAGGAGAAACUGCUGUGCCUGGUGCGACACCGGGCCGGCCACCACUGCCAGAACGCCGUCAUCAUCAUCCUCAUCCUGGCCUGGGAGGGCAUCCCCCGCACGCUGGGGGACACGCUGUACCAGGAGCUCACUGACACCCUCACCAAGUACGGCAACCCCACCAGCCGCCGCUGCGGCCUCAACGACGACCGGACCUGCGCGUGCCAAGGCAAGGACCCCAACACCUGCGGUGCUUCCUUCUCCUUUGGCUGCUCCUGGAGCAUGUACUUCAACGGCUGCAAAUACGCCCGCAGCAAAACUCCCCGCAAGUUCAGGCUGGUGGGAGACAAUCCCAAAGAGGAAGAGCUGCUCCGGAGAAGCUUUCAGGACUUGGCCACCGAGGUUGCUCCGCUUUACAAGAGGCUGGCGCCGCAAGCCUACCAAAACCAGGUCAUGAACGAGGAUGUGGCGAUCGACUGCCGGCUGGGCUUGAAGGAGGGGAGGCCAUUCUCGGGAGUGACGGCGUGCAUGGACUUCUGUGCUCACGCCCACAAGGACCAGCAUAACCUCUACAAUGGCUGCACCGUGGUCUGCACGCUGACGAAGGAAGACAAUCGUGUGGUGGGGAAAAUUCCUGAAGAUGAGCAGCUGCACGUCCUCCCCCUCUACAAGAUGUCCAGCACAGAUGAGUUUGGCAGCGAGGAGAACCAAAACGCCAAGGUGGGCAGCGGGGCCAUCCAGGUGCUCACGUCCUUCCCCCGCGAGGUCCGCAAGCUGCCCGAGCCUGCCAAGUCCUGCCGGCAGCGACAGCUGGAAGCCAGGAGAGCUGCUGCCGAGAGGAAGAAGCUGCAGAAAGAGAAGCUGAUGACACCAGAGAAGAUCAAGGAGGAAGCGCUCGAGCUCCCCACACUCCAGCCAAAUGCAGGUAUGGCGUUGAAAGGCGGGAUACCCCCGCAGCCGCUGAAACCUUCCAUCAAGGUGGAACCCCAGAGCCAUUACAAUGCCUUCAAGUACAACGGCAACGCGGUGGUGGAGAGCUACUCGGUGCUGGGCAGCUGCCGGCCCUCCGACCCGUACAGCAUGAACAGUGUUUACUCUUACCAUUCCUACUAUGCACAGCCCAAUCUGCCUUCCGUGAACGGGUUUCACUCCAAGUUCGCACUUCCUUCCUUCGGGUAUUACGGCUUUUCCAGCAACCACGUGUUCCCCUCGCAGUUUCUCAAUUACGGGGCGCCCGAGAGGAGCGGGAGCAGCUGGGUGAGCAAUGGCUACGAGAAGAAGCCCGAUAUCUCAGCGCUGCAGGAGAACCUCAACCACACCUACGGGAACUCCAAUUUCCCCGAGCCCAUCCCGCACAGCGUGCGGAGCAAAAACCACCACCAGCGCACCUACGAGCGAGCCAACCGCUACGCCAGCCAGCAGAAAGCGGCGGCGGCAACGGCCGGGUCGCACAGGACUAGCUCGGGCUCGGAGGAGGCACCGUCAUUUGCACAGAACUGUUUUGACAGCCGGCCCAUCAAGCAGGAGCCUCCAGACCCCCCGCCUGCCAUCGAGCCCCUUCCUGGUGCUGCGGCCGUGCCCGGCACUGGCUUAACGCUGCCGGCCGUCCCUGCGCACGGCACGGCGCCGGAGCAGCGGUGGAGCCCCUUCAAGGCGCCCCAGGGCACGGCUUCCCCUGAGAGGACUAACGUGGCCGAAGGCUCGUGGAGCGCGCUGGCCCCGGGCUCGGGCGGGCGGGAGAAGCUGAGCGCCUUCGAUGCCGCUGUGCGCUUGCCGCCGCCGGAGAAGCAGUGGUCCAACGUCCUGGCGGGAGAGCCGGCGGCAGCGGCGGCGCAAGGUUCGGGCUUGCUGCCGAAGCCAUGGAGCCCCUGCAAGCUGGGGGAGACGGUGCUGGCCGGCACGGGCACCCCGAGCCUGCUGGGGUCGCUGGGCUUCGGCUCAGCUCUGCCAGGGCUCCCCAGCUUCCCUGAGGAGCCGUGGGGGUCUGUGAAGGUGGAGGAGCGGAGGACACCGGCACCCAGCCCGGGGCUGCCGGAGAAGCCGUGGGAGGCAGCUGUGGGUGAGAAGGGGGUGGCAGGGCCCCGCCAGGAGAAGCCAUGGGACCCCUUUGGCCUGGAGGAGGAUCUGCCGGAGAAGGCGGUGAAGGAGGAAGAGGAAGAGGAGGAGGAAGAGGAGGAGGAAGAGGAAGAGGAAUGGUCGGACAGUGAGCACAACUUCCUGGAUGAGAACAUCGGCGGCGUGGCCGUGGCGCCCGCCCACGGCUCCAUCCUCAUCGAGUGCGCCCGCCGCGAGCUCCACGCCACCACCCCGCUGAAGAAACCCAACCGCUGCCACCCCACCCGCAUCUCCCUCGUCUUCUACCAACACAAGAACUUGAACCAGCCCAACCACGGCCUGGCGCUGUGGGAGGCCAAGGUGAAGCAGCUGGCGGAGCGGGCUCGGGCCCGGCAGGAGGAGGCGGCGCGUCUGGGGCUGCCGCCGGACGCCAAAGCCUUUGCCAAGAAGCGCAAGUGGGGCGGCGCGUUGGCGACCGAGACGCCCAGCAAGGAGAGGAGGGACUCUGUCCCCACGCGGCAGGCGGUGGCCAUCCCCACCAACUCCGCCAUCACUGUGUCCUCCUACGCCUACACCAAGGUGACGGGCCCCUACAGCCGCUGGAUCUGAGACGGAGGCGACCGCCGUGGCCCCAUCUUACCUCAACCCUCGGCAGCGCCGCAGCCCGGCGUUGCUUCGUGGUGCUUUCUCCUCGGGCGUGGGGGGAGAAGAAAACAAAAGUAAAUAGGCAAAA